UUUAUUUAUGUGUAAUAUCUGUACAUAAAAUGUCUUUGUAUCCGAAAGCACAUUCAAAGAACAUGGCACCCACCACAUUUCUCUCUCUCUUUCUCCUCAUCUCCGUCGCCGUUCAAGUCGCCGGACAAACAACUCCCGUCGCCGAAGCUCCGGCUCCCGCAUCCGACGACUGCAACGGCAUAUUACUACAGUACGUGUUCACUUCCGGAUCCAAAAUCAAACCCACUUUAAAAUCCAACCCUAAAAAUCAACCCUAUAAGUUUCAGUCCAUUUUAAGCAUAAUAAACAACGGGCUUGACGAACUAAAGUUAUGGAGAGUCUUUGUUGGGUUUCAAUACGAUGAGCUUUUGGUCUCUGCUUCUAAUGUUGUUCUUGCUGAUGGGUCUUCUUUUCCUGCUAAAGUUGGUAAUGGUACUGUCUUUGCUGGGUUUCCGAAUGCGGAUCUUAAGACUGCUGUUGAAACUGCUGGAGAUGCUACGCAAACGAGUGUGCAGGUUCAGAUUAAGGGUACCCAGUUUGGAGUUGGGUCUCCUAAUGUCCCUAUGCCGUCGAAUAUUUCUUUGGUCAAUGAUGGGUUUAUUUGCCUUAAACCCUCUAUGCAAGGAAAGAGUGUUAUGCAAGUAUGCUGCAAUAAAGACCCAAAAUUCAAGACAAAUCUGACAUUGGAUGAGGAAUUCAGUCCACGACAAGAUGGGGACCUUACAAUUAUGUAUGAUAUCCUAAGAACAUAUGAUUCAAAUUACUGGGCACAGGUUAAGAUUGCAAACCAUAACACCCUCGGCCGCCUUGAUAACUGGAAACUAAGUUGGGACUGGAUGAAGGAUGAGUUUAUCUGGGAAAUGAAGGGUGCUUACCCCUCUGUUGUUGAUACUUCUGAGUGCGUUUUCGGGCCACAGGGAAAAUUUUAUCAGAGUCUUGACUUCUCCAAUGGAUUGAACUGUGAGAGAAGGCCAACAAUAAUCGAUCUGCCUCUGGAAAAGACCAAUGACACAAAGUUGGGGAUGAUACCUUUCUGUUGCCGAAAUGGGACGAUCUUGCCACCUGCCAUGGACCCAAGCAAGUCUGCUUCAGCAUUCCAGAUAAACGUCUUUAAAAUGCCUCCGGAUCUCAAUCGCUCCUCGUUCACUCCUCCUCAGAAUUGGAAGAUUGAAGGCAGACUGAAUCCAGAUUAUAAAUGUGGACCUCCAGUCCGUGUAAGCCCCAGCCAGUUUCCUGAUCCGAGUGGAUUGCUACCCGAUACAGCAGCAUUUGCAAGCUGGCAAGUUGUAUGCAACAUCACUCAACCAAAAGGAGCAAGCCCUAGAUGCUGUGUAUCUUUCUCUGCUUUCUACAAUGAAUCUAUCAUUCCUUGUCCAACAUGCUCCUGUGGUUGCCCUUCGAAUACCGCUCGUACAUGUAGUACAAAAGCUCCUGCUCUUCUCCUACCAUCUCAGGCUCUUCUGGUCCCAUUUGAGAAUAGAACCAAGAUGUCCCUUGCCUGGGCUGAUAUUAAUCAUCUUCCAGUUUCGAACCCAUUGCCAUGCGGAGAUAACUGCGGUGUCAGCAUCAACUGGCAUUUAUUCACAGACUAUAGGGGUGGAUGGUCUGCCAGGAUCACCCUCUUUAACUGGGAUGAUACUUCUUUUGCUGAUUGGUUCACCGCGGUGCAAUUGGAUAAAGCAGCCCUUGGUUUUGAUGCGGUGUAUUCCUUCAAUGGAACUAUAUUAGACGGCGUUAACAAUACCUUGUUCAUGCAAGGCCUGGAGGGCUUGAACUAUCUAGUAGCAGAAACAGAUGGAGCUAAUCCAGAGAAAGAUCCCCGAGUACCUGGGAAACAACAAUCAGUGAUCUCAUUCACAAAGAAGAAUAUCCCUGGAAUCAACAUUCCUGGCGGUGAUGGAUUCCCAACAAAGAUAUUCUUUAAUGGAGAAGAGUGCUCAUUGCCAAAGAUACUCCCAACAAGCAGCUCAUCUAGGAGGAUAUCUUCGUUUGCUGUCACUACAUCCAUACUAGCACUUGUGGUUUUUAUGUUGAUGCGACAAUAGCAGUGAAAUGCGACAUUUUCUCUUUAUUCCAUACCUGCCAAUUGAUUCAUUCUUUAGAUGAUGCAAUGCUGCUGGUGAAACAGUCUUUUAAUCAGUUUAUCAGAUUAUGUCAAUGUGUUCUCGGCAAGUUUUGAUUUACUUAUUCUGGAAUUCUUUUUCCAGACAACAUAUACGUUAGUACCUGUAUCUAGUGGGCAAGAAUGAAUACCUCAGUAUGAUUAGUACUUGUAAUUAAUUUUCAGUCUUUAUUGUUUUUUGUGAUUAGCAAAUUUGUAUCAGUUUACUUCUUAACGUGGUAACAUGUCAAUGAAGCUGAGCAAAAAUUCUCUUA